AUGGCUUCCCAUAUUGAUACUCGCAGGGCGGGCCGCUCUCCCUUGACUGUCCUCGCUGUGCUCUCGUACCUCAUGAUGGUCCCAAGCGUCUUGGCGAUGAACUUUGUGUCCCGUGAAGAGUGGAAGGCACGGGCGCCCGAAGAAGCCUAUAAACCGAUGACAGAUGCCAAGGGCGUAAAAGUACACUAUCUGGGACCCGAGUUCAGUGGAAAGCAGCAUUCGGAGUGUGACGACUUCAUGAGAUCUGUGCAAAACGAGCACAUGGACGAAUCACCUGAAGAUUACUUUGACAUUGCCUACAAUCUUGCAGUGUGCGAGCACGGCUACGUCUUCGAUGGCCGAGGCAAGGGUCAUCGCAGUGGUGCCAAUGGAAACGUGCAGUUGAACUCGGAUCAUUACGCUGUUCUCGCCUUUUUAGGAAAGUCUGGCAUUACGGAGCCUAGUGAUGCCCAAAUUACCGGGCUGCAAGAUUCGAUUGCGUAUCUUCGUAGGGCUGGGGCUGGUGACGAGAUUAAGGGUCACCGAGAUGGUUACAAUACCGAGUGUCCUGGUGGUCCGCUAUAUAAACUCGUUACUGAUGGUAGCCUGGACCCUGGCAAACUAUGGGACGGUGGAUCUCAUAUAGUACAGAAAGGGGAGGACCUGGAUACGAUAAGCACCAAGUACAAUGUGCCAAAGCAGUAUAUCAUUGCCACAAACGACCUGCAAUCGCCCUACCGCCUUGCUGUCAAUCAGACGAUCGAGAUUCCUGCUCGUGGAGUGCCGCUCACUGAGAGUGGUAAUUGA